AUGGUCACUUCUCCCGCUCCGACACGAAGCCACUACCUUCCGACGCUCCUACCUCCCCUCUCGCUCCUGCCUCCUUUCCCCAUCAACGCGCAAGCGAACCGACGCUCUACCUCGACGCGUUCGAACAGGGCCACAUCCGCCUCGACUUCCAAAUCCGGCUCGCCAACCCCCGACUUGUUGCCACGCUCAACGGAUGUAAUGAUGACGUGCAUCGACGGUCGAGCAAGGCUCCUAUUCCGUCACACCGCGGACGCGAAGGGCGCCAUCGCGCCAGUCCCACUCGAUUCGGCCGAAACGACGACGGCACGUGACUUGAUCGAACCGCACGAACCUAUCAAUCGCGUCUCGUGGUCGUCGCAUUCGAGAACGACAACCGAGCCUUCGACUCGGUCUUCGAGUUGUUCACGUUCGACGACGGCGAGUGGUGAUGAGCACGAUCAAAUCACGCCGAGGAAACGAACGGACCUACACCCCGACGAUGCGGGCCUCGAUUUAUCGUCCGAUCCGACUUAUUUCAGUCCUACUAGUCCGAGUCCGCACAGUAGGAUCGGGAAAAAGGCGAGGGUCGCAAGGUGCAUUUCGGAGUCGUUAGUAGGAGGGGAGGAAGCGAAGGUUGGACCCCAGAGUUGAAAGCUCUCAUCCCUCUUCGUGAAGGCACAAAACUGACCCCUCCCUUUUAUGCUGCUCCCUCCCAAAGAAGACCCUCCACCUCGACUCCCGAAAACCCAAGAUAGGGAACCCCUUUCCAUCAACGAACAAGACCCUCUCCGACCUGUCCUUCCUGCUCUACCAUUCGGAUCGCUUACCGGAGGCUUGGUUGACGAUGCUGGAUGUUUUGGUCGAGGAGGGCAAGAUGCAUUUACAGGCUGCUGAGAGGGAGGAGGAAAGGCGAGGUGUUGAGGAUGGAUUGGGUGUGCGGACGCUGUAA